AUGAUGUUUUACUUUGCCACAAAUCUCGUUUUCGGAGCGGAAGAGAACGAGACUGAAUUUUGUAGAAGUGGAUGGUCUGAAUUCGUGAACGACAGGAAGAAAUGGGAAAGUGAAUGUUUAAAUGAAGAUAGUGUGAGAGCGUCAUCGUGUUGUAAGGCGACAGCUGGCUAUCUUGAACAACGAUAUGAAGACUAUAUUAAGUGGUGUCCCAUUGUGG